AGGUAAGCUAACUGCGAACGAUGGAAAAAGGAAAGCUCAUUACCGGGGGGGGCGGAGAGGCACGUCAGCCGCCUACGAGAAGAAAAGAAAAGUGAAUUCUGUCCCUUAGUUUUAUGUUUAUUUUUUAUUUUUUUUAAACUAUUAUUCACUCGAGAAGAGGAAACACAACCGAGAGAAACAAGGACUACAAGUUGAACAACAGCGAAGUGACCGUGAAUCAGCAGGGAACGAUGCCAACAUCCAUCACUGGGGGCUGACAGUCAUCCAAAGCACGGUUACGGAGGAAGAAAGAUGGAUCGUGGAUCAUUCAGCAAGUCCUAAGUUGACACUUAGAACUUUCUUUCUCAGAUGGCAAUCAGGAAAGUCUGCGACUUCAACUCAAAGUUUGGGAGCCUGUUUCAGGAGACUUUGAAUAAACAUGAAGAAGGCAGGAAAAUGACCUAAAUAGCAACAAGCGUGACGGACAACCUGAUGCAAAUGUGUCUGUGGUAAUUUCCCCAGUUUCACCCACAAGGAAGACGCAUGCAUCAGCGCACAUACACGCACAACAUAUUUACAAACCCUGCCCUUUCCUUUCUGCCAUCCACCCCAGUCCUCCAUGGAUUCCUACAACUUGCACUUUGAGAGAAUGAGCAACGUAGACCUGCAUCCUCUGAGCCUGCCUGUCAGCCGGCUCUCCUCAGCCAAGUCCAACAGCAGCAUUGCCGACCAUCUUGCCCACCACCAACACGGCAAAGGAGACUCUGCAUACAGCUCCUUCUCUGGCGGGUCAACUGCCCCAGACUACCCCUCUCCUUUUCUCCCAGACGACCUCCAGUCCAGCUCCUUCAGCCACUAUGCUGAUCUUAAGUACGUAAAAUCCAUUUACCAUCCGACCCAGGUUCUGCAGUCUGACUCAAAGACCAUGGACCAGCUCUAUCGCUCUGUAGAAGCUAUCAAACAGCAGUAUCGCAACAAUACCAGCACCAAUGUAAACCACCACAACCUAAACGGCUAUGACAGUCUCUAUUCCAACAACAAAUCUCUGAAAGAGGGGCGUUUGGGGGCUCCAUCGCAAGGUGCUUACCCUCCUGUCCGUCCUCCUCCAGUCCCAGCACGCCUGGAUAGUUUUAUAGCCACAAAAAAUUUGGAAAACAGCAGGGUCCACCAUCAAGGUACUGAGUUUCAACCCCAGCAGUCACAGCCUCAAAAACAGCCCAAACCCCUCAACCAACUCCAUCCACAGCCCCAUGGUCUGAAUACCCAGAAAACUGAGACGGCUAACCCAGACACAGGCAAAUCAAGAUUAAAUUCUGACCCAGUGUACUCAGUUUGGAGAGGCUCUCAACAGCCACAGCCGCAGGCCCAACAGCCACCAAGCUACCACCCCCACCUCCAGGCGCAUGAUCAGAUCAGGGCACCGUUGAACCCAGAAUACAUUUUCAACACCGAUAGCAAAGCUGCAUCUGAGCAGCAAAAGUCAACAAAUAUCCUCGGCCGAUCACCUCCCAGAGGUACAAGCCAGCCUGAGCACCUGAAACUCAGACAGCCCUCAAGCAGUGGUGGAUGUAAUGGAGACCAUCCCAACAAGUCCAGUGAUAGCAGUAGCCAUUUUGAGAGUCAGCGCAAAAGGGUGCAAUCGUCUCAUGAUUGGCUUGGUUCAGAGCCAACUCGAGCUGCCAGCCCCUGGAAUGCUGGUCAGAGUUUAAUCAACAGCAGCAUCCAGCAUAAAGGUCAGUUCUACUUUGUCACAGGAGUGUGUAAGUCCGAAUCUGGAAUGAGGACGCACUCUGCAUCUUUGUGUGGGUCUGAGGCUGGGAGCGAGAGCUCUACUGCGUUGGAGACACACCGGCUAAGAGAAAAAGAAAGAUGCCACAGCACAAUAGAUCAUUUGUUUAGACCUCUUCAAGAUAGCUCUCGCUCGUCCAGUGGUGUGAUUCCAGAUGAGAGAGAGACUUUCACUUCCCAGAGCAAAGACCUUUCCUUCAGAAGCCAGGACCAGGAGAAUCGCAGACUAUCUUACAUCUCGACCCAGUCCUCUCGAAGCUUCGAUGCCUUGGAAGAAAUCGACAUGAUUCAGAAUCGAGAUAUUGGGCGCCACACUACCAACAAUCCCAUAUUCUACUGUGGACCUGACAGGAACUGUCCACCACAUUCAACCAAACAUACGAAGGAGGUCACCUCACUGAUAAACAAUGACCAGCACAACUACCACAAGAGAGAGGAGCAGGCAAAGAGAGGGAAACGGCAGCCUUUGGGGGAUGUAGCCAGCGAGAGGAUAAACAAAGAAACAACCCCGCUGCUGUACCAACUCACUGGAGCCAGCAGGGCAGCGUUGCAGCCGAAAAAGGAUGCUGAUUUCAGUAUGAAAGGCAAUGAAGCAAUCCCAAACAGAAUAGGUCAUGAAGACAUGGCUUUUGAAGAUGAGGAAAGAACUCCACAAAGUGACACAAGCAGCAAAGAUAGAGGAGAGGUUAUCUCUGUUGCCUGUAACACUAUGGAUGACUCAUUUACAAAGUACUACAAAGAGAAGCUGAAGGAUGCCCAGUCAAAGGUCCUAAGGGAGACGUCAUUUAAAAGGAGGGACCUGCAGCUGUCGUGGCCACACCGAAUCAGGCAAAAACCUGAGAUGAGGCCCACAGUGAUUCACACUUUCUCCCCAUCACAGGACUCUGAGACUUCCACAGAUACACUCACUCCCUCUGUGACCUCUGAGGAGACAGAGAGGGGGAGCAUACAAGAAGAAGUCAGGGAGAGGCAGGAGGAGAGGGACAAAGAGACAGAAAAGGAAAACGGGAGACCAGCGAAUGUGGCCCAGCCCCAGGUAGCACGCAUCGGAGGGAGGAAGCGACUGACUCAAGAGCAGAAGAAGAUGUACUUCUCUGAACCAGAUAAACUUAACCAGCUUGGUGGUGCGCCCAUCCACUCUGCAUGCCGAUCCUUUGGCAACGAAAGUGAGGGAGAGGAACGUUGGCCGGAAGGAGAGCAGGGACUGGUUGCAGCACGGAGGAAGAUGUUUGAGACGAGAGGUAGAGCCUUUUCAGCCUCUAGCCCUUCAAAGACAAACUUAAAACAUAUGCAACACAAGGCCCUGGUGGAGUACAUGGAGCGUAAGACGGGCCAGAAGGUCACUGAGCCACAGCAACCUACGCCCCAGAUAUCUCCACCCAGACAGAGGCAUUCUCUGGGGGAGAAACCCUUCGAUUGGGUUCCCAGGCCCCCAUCAGGAAAUCAUGAAGGCAAAAACACAAAGAAGAAACUUCCCAGACCCCAUUCUGCGGGCCGCAUCCUUGACUCCUCGAGCAGCUCCAUCAGGUAUGCCCAGUUCUUCUCAGCUCAGUCUUGUUCAGGCCAGUAUGCGGGCGAGUUGAAUCAACGCAGAUGGAGGGAGAGCCAGGGUCCAUCUCAGGGAAAGGCUGCCUCAGUGGAGAGUCUCUUGGACCAGCCAGAACCACCUAGUUUCUCCAGGAACAGAUCCAUAUCCACACCACAUGCAUUUCAGGCACUGGACUACGAGGAGGAUCCAUUACCAGUUGAUACUAUGGAAACCUGGCGGCCCCAGACGAAUGCCACUGAGGACUCCUUGAUCAAGCCAGCUACUGAAGAAUCCUUAAUAAAGCCAGCCCCGGAGGUCCAGCAGCGUGUCCGUGUGGUCGCACAGAGGGGGAAGUCCAUGGAGGAGCUUGGGGCAUCAAAGUUAACAAGAACAUCAGCUAUGAGUAAAAGUUCAGAGCAGCUAGAUCAAUUGUGGAGGGAUUCUACUCGACCAGCAGGACCGGACGGAGACAAGAGGAGCGUUUCGUUCUUUGCGGAAGUCAGAGAAGCCCAGUGGCAGGACCGAGAAAGGAAGAAACAAACUGUAAUGGAGCAAGCGGGCAAGGAACAAGAGGUUGUUGGUCAGAAGAGCACUCAGGGACAGACACAAAACCAAACCCAGAAAAGGUCUCUGUUGAAGGAGAACUCAGAACCAGGCGUGGAGGCCACAGUAGGAACAAAGAAUUCAAGUAGAUCCACCUCCCCGGCCUCCUGCUACUCUUCCCGGGCCAGGGUUCACUCCGGAUCUCCUGGUUCUCACGGCCCGGUCACAGAUGACUUCAGGUCCAGUAGACCGCCCGGUGAGACUUCAGCUGACCCACCUUCCCCCAGAUAUCUAGAGACCAGUGACAGGGAGAUCAAAUCCACCACGUCCACCCCCACCCAGACAAAGCUUCCUUGUGAAAACAGGCCGAGCUCCAGUAGAGUCAGGACUUCUCUGUCUGUGACUGGAUCAGAGAGAGAGUUGUCGGUGGAUGAACCGAGCAACGACGCCCAACCGCCUGACUCCAACCGCGAAGUGUCUUUGAGCUGCGGCGUCACCACAGAUCCGUCACUGUGGAUCCUCCGUCCAGAGGAAGAGAUCAAAGACGAAGUCCAGACUUCACCACUGACAGACGUUUUUGACGACGAGCCCACCAGCUUGGCCCCUCCUACGCAGACAAGUGAAACCUCUGUGUCUCCCUGCAUCUCCGUCUCUGACACAGACAUCAGUCGGCAGGUGGAGGUGGAGGAAAAUCCAGAAACGGAAGAUGAGAAGUCGGGACAAACCCAGGAGAUAGAAGAGAGGGGAUCAUCAGAGGGGGAGACGGAGACCCUGGAGAGGCCCGCUGAGAGACCUAAGUGGGAGGAGCUGGUAGAAGCAAUGGUCAAGGCUGACCAAUCGCUGACCAGAGUGCUCUACCCGCUGGCCAAUCGUAAGACGGCACUGAUGCUGAUGGAGCAGCUGCUGUCAGAGGACACGCUGCUGAUGGAGGGGCACUACAAGAAGAAACAGGAGCAGAAAGGAGCUACAGAAAGCGCUGAAAUGGUCGAAGGGGCUGAACCAUCACCUUGUCCUUCCGCACCUGACAGCCUUAAACCUCAGUGUACAGACCUGCAGAGCAAAGCCAACGUCACUGAGAAAAAGUGCCUGUUAGCGUCGUAUAUCACGGAGCGCCUCGGUUCGCUGGAGGAGACGCGGGGCGCCCUUCAGACCGACAUUCAGGAGAACGCGGCCCACGGAGAUGCCCUGGAGGUUCUGGUCCGGGACCGCUGUCUGCCUGUGGAGCUAGAGAGGUACAAGCUGUUCAUAGGAGACCUGGAGAGGGUGGUCAGCCUGCUGCUGUGCCUCUCUGCUCGGCUGGCCAGGGUGCAGAACGCCCUGAGCACCGUGGACCAACACACAGAUGCCGAGGAGAAGCAAUCUCUGGACAAUCGCCACCGUCUGCUGUGCAAACAGAGGGAGGACGCCAAAGAUCUGAAGGAUAACCUGGACCGCAGAGAGAACCUGGUCUCCACCUUCCUGACGCGCCAGCUGUCCGCCGAGCAGCUGCAGGACUACCGGCACUUCGUCCAGACCAAGGCCUCGCUGCUCAUCCGGCAGAAGGACCUGGAGGAGAAGCAGAGGCUGGGAGAGGAGCAGCUGGAAGCCCUCUCCAACAGCCCGAGUCUGUGAAGGGAGGAGCAACGGAAAGCACAGACUCCUCCCUUCUUUCCAUGACUUUCCCUGAAGGAGGAUGGCUUAUUAAGAAGAGUUCUCCGCCCAUUGUGCAGCGUGCACCUGAAGACUCCCCCCCCCAUGUGGUGCACAUGUUUCCGUUGACUUUGACCAGAGCAAUGAGGUGGUUUUUUUCUUCUUUUUCUGUGUGCCUUGAUGUUGGUGUUGCUGUGGAACUUUUUCCAUUAGAGCUGCUGUGUGGAAACCUUUUGUCCCCUCUUAGCAAUUCAGCAACUGUCCUUCACUUUGUCAAUAAGAUGGCCGUGUUGCAGCCUUGUGUCUGCACCUGUGUAAAAACCUAUUAUAAGCUUUAAGAUUGUAUUUUGACCUGUGACAAGGCUUCAAUGUAAGAGCGUAGGGGUUGAGGGGUGCUGCAUCAUGUCCGUAAAAUGUACAAUAGAUCUAGUCGAUUUUGAUAAUUUUUUUUUUUUAUGUUUUACUUUUCAAUGUUUUUCAAAUUAAGGCACUAAAAACCAAAAAGGGUGAAUGGAAAAAAAAAGCACUUUGUAAUAAUACAUAAAUGCACAUUUCUUCAAAUCAUUUCAAUUGAAAGCCUUACUCCAUCCGGUUAAACUGCUAUUCUUUUGUUUGUUCGGUCAUUCAUAAAUAGGAACGUUGAAGGAAACACCCAGCAACAUUUAGGACUGUUUCGAAAUACCUUUCCAGCUCAUUUCUUACUUAAUGUUAUUAAGUCUUGAUGAUUUCAUGCUGGAACGGUUCCUCAUAAGGAGGUACUAAACCUCUUUAAUGAGGAUUACAAGUAAGCAACAAUUAAAUCACUGAGUAUUUUCUCCCAAUGUCCCUUUGUCGCAGAGGUGGCACGUAAUACUUGAAACACUUUUUUUUAUUAAAGAGGAAAGUCCACAAUCUUCACUUCAUGUGUCUUAAACUAAUUUUCUCUUCUACCUCCUCUGUUCAGCCCCUUUUUAGACAUAUGUCACCUUUACAAUUAUUUAAAUUUACAGUAGUUAAAAUAGACAGACUCUUUACAUUACAUUACAUGUCAUUUAGCUGACGCUUUUAUCCAAAGCGACUUACAAUCAUGCAGGGUUAAGUGUCUUGCUGCGACUAGGGUGGGGAUUGAACCACCAACCCCCUAAUUGAAAGACAGACCACUGACCCACAGUCGCCCUAAUGACUUUUCAUAUAAUUUUUAAAGAACCUCCCAUUUAAAAAAAAUCUGUUUUUACAUUAAUAUUUGGCAUUCGUUUUUUUACAGAUGUGAUCAUUUCUUUGUAUUGUAUCUUCAGCCAGAGGCAUCAGUGAUGUGAGCUGUUGCUCUAUGACGUCAGAUGCUGCUCUCUCUCUCUCUCUGUGUGUGUUUUUUGAAAUCAUGAAUGUCUUAAUUUCCUGAAAAACUCCAAUGAAGUCAUCAAGUGAUCAAAAUGUUAUUGUUGACUACUGAAAAACAAAAAAAAAUGUGUAUAUGAUAUUUAUGUUCUAAUGACCUCAAAGCGGAAGAAUAUCAUGAGCAGCAUCUAACCAUAGAAAACAAACACAUUCACUCACUAACUCAAAUUGUCAAAACGAUAAACUAGAAAACUCUUAUGUUGAAAGACCUUUUCAGUUUCUUCUGCUUAACAGUUUCUCCACCCCCCCACCCCUAAGACCUUUCUCUGGAGAUUUACGGCCCCGUCCGUUUCCGUUUGCUAAACAAAUGCAUGUUUGUUUUGGCCUUUGUGCUGAUGCGGGGCUGACGGGUUAGAAAGACUCUCAUGUUGUUCCUCGUAGCCUGCUGGAAUUCCUCAAGUAUGCAACAUUUUGGAGAAAGGUUGCCUGGGGGGGGGGGAGAAGAAAGUGGAGCAGCGGCCCAUGGACGAACACUCAUUUUAGUUCUUUCUGCGUGCGCAUACUAACAACCAAAGUGACGUUGGUCAUUUUUCGUUUCUGUCAUCCAAUCAAAGCCGUGGUCUGUUGAGGUCGCAGGGAAAUGGGCCUGUUUGUGAAGAAGGGUUGCAUUUGUUAAGUUUGUUUGGAAUAACAUUGAUACGAACAGAAUCUGUUUCAAAGCCAAGAAAGAGAGACAUAUUUCAAUGAGUCCGAGCUGGUGGGAUGACAGCAGAGACGUUUCUAUAAUCCACAAUUUCUGCUCUAUUUCACACGCGUGUGUUUUCCGUUGAGAGUUUGAGGUUGUUUUUUUGUGCCUGGAGUUGUAAAGUCCGUGAUGUUUGUAAUAUUGUGAAUAAAUUAAGGUCUCCCUCUCCCUC